AUGGGUAACGUCAUCUCAAAUUCUAACGUCACCUCCACUUCCUCCAACCUUGCCUUCAAAAACGGAAUUUGUCCUCAUUGUUCACAACCAAAUACUGGUAUCGCGUGGUGCAAAUCGUGCGAUCCGGGCCGCUUUCGAUUCGAAGGGCACACCAGCGGAAACAAUUCCAUCGACGAAUUCAUUAUGGAAACACAACUAUGCAUAGAAAAUUACACGGACCGGCAUCUAGAAUGGAUUCCAUUUGAUAGGUUUAAAGAUAUUAGUGUGGUUGGCGAGGGAGGGUUUGGCACAGUUUAUAAAGCCAUAUGGAUUGAUGGAAAAAGAGACUGGAUAGCCGAGGAGGUUGAAGGAAAGAUGGUAGUUCGGAAAGAGAGGCAGGGGGAAAUUUUGGUGGCGUUAAAGAGCAUCAAGAAUUCGAAGAACAUGUCUAAACAGUUUCUUCACGAGAUAAAAACGCAUUGGAAAUGUUUGUCCGAAUUAUUCCUACAAUUCUACGGAAUAACAACAAAUCCCGAAACCGAGGAAAUCAUCAUGGUCACCCAAUACGCUUCCCACGGUAAUCUACGCACUUACCUCUCCAAAAAUUACAAACAUAUCAACUGGAAGGCAAAACUGGAAUGGUUAACCGACAUCGCCAAAGAUCUCGAGAUGCUGCAUCACCACAAUUUCACUCACCGGGAUCUUCACUCGGGCAACAUUCUGAUCGUCAAGGAUGAGAGGUUCAAUCGACGUAUCGAAUCCAAGCUCACGGAUUUCGGCCUGGCGCAACCGGCAAAUAGAGAUCGUCUUUCUGGAAGCAUCGGUGUAUUCGGUGUCCUUCCUUAUGUUGCUCCGGAAGUACUGAAAGGUCGGUCAUACACUACGGCCGCCGACAUGUAUAGCUUUGGCAUAAUCAUGGCAGAAAUGUCCACCGGAAAACUGCCGUUCGGAGAUAGACCACAUGACUCGGAGUUAACCCUGGAUAUAUGUAAUGGGUUGAGACCGGAUUUCGCGGACGGAACGCCUGAAUUUUAUGUUGAGUUAUCGAGGAGGUGCUGCGAUAGCGACCCUGUGAAACGACCAAGUGCCAUGCACGUAUGGCAGAUUAUCACAACUUGGGAGAGAUUUAUUAAUGAUCCCCGGAAGGAAUACAAGAGCGCGUUUGAAGCAGCCGACAAGAUUCGAUUGGAGAUUGUGAAUAAGCAGGACGGUAGAGUGGAUUCAAAAAUUCAUGCAAACGCUGUGUACACAAGCAGACUUUUGAAUUAUUGUCAGGUACAAAGUUCAAAUAAGACUGAUAAAAUUGAUUUUUGCAAGAUUUUUGAUUCCACGCAAAUCGAUCUCUCGAUUCCCGAAGAUCUAUUGUUAGAAUAA